GCUGGCAACCUGCUGACCCAGAGCACAGCAACAACAAGGGAUAAGACGCGACUACUGGGGGUUCACAUGAUCGUGUUUUCAUGCUCGAAUGAACAAAUCUAAAAACUGCUGAGCCAGAUUCAGCUGCGAGUUUGGGUUCCGGGUUAAACUUAAAGAAGAAAGGCAAAGGAUACGGAUUGGGAGUUGUUUUUAUGCGAUCAACUGGUGAAAUUACAUUAGCUUGCUGAACCUUAUUUUUUCUUUCUGUGUUGUACGCUUUUCUACUCGCAUCAUUGAUGUAGAAUAAUUGUGUUAGUGUCGGAAGUUUAUGUUUAACAAUUAAUUGAACCCCGUAAUUGUUCUCGCCCUGAACGUAAACAGCGCAAAUUGGGUUGGACUGAAGUAGUACAAGCAGCGUCGAAAAGAGUGGAGGAAGCAGCAGGAUUCCUAAAACCAUUAUGCAAUAAAAUGAAACCGGACGCACUGUGAACAAAAGUAACGAAUGUCGUUAAGGUUCAAUUGACAUACGUGGGGAUAUCACCAACAUUCAAUAUAGGCUAAUGGCUAACGUAAACCAGACAGAGGUGUAUCCUUACGAACAGGUUGUUAUUUUGAUUUCGUGCGCGCUGUCAUUUUUGGGAUCUAUCCUGAUAAUAUGCACCUAUCUCAUUUGGAAAGAUUUAAGGACCAAACCAAGAAAGCUCCUCGUGUAUCUAUCUAUCGCCGACUUGCUGUCUGCGAUUUCUUACUCCUAUGGAGUUGGGAAGGUUUUCACCUCGACGACUUGGGACUGCGUUCUGCAAGGAGCGAUAUCCACUUUUUCCAAUACAAGCUCGUUUUUCUGGACAGUGGCGAUUGCAGUUUACUUGUAUAUUUUUAUCGUAUUGUCCAAUCAGAGACUUGCUGACCGCCUGGUGCUAUGGUUCCACAUAAUCAGCUGGGGCGUACCCCUGCUGAUCACGGUGGUGGCCGUCUCCGAGCACAAGAUCGGGUACGAUGCCUCGGAGGUGUCUGUGGGCUGGUGCUGGGUCAGCAUCGACGCCUCCUACCAUGUGCUGUGGAUGCUGCUGACGGGGAAGAUCUGGGAGUUCGCAGCCUACGUCACCCUCCCUGUCCUCUACAUCCUGAUCAAGCGACACAUCCAUGGAGCGCAUGCCGCACUGUCAGAGUACCGGCCCAUUCUGGCCAGCAGCAUCCAGGCCCAGUCACGCUCGUCCAUGGCUGACAGGAAGAUGACCUUCAUCCCCAUCAUCUUCAUCAGCCUUCGGAUAUGGAGUAGCCUGCGCUUCCUGCUCAUGCUGGUGGACUCCCCAGCUCUCCAGCACCCCCUGCUGGUCACUCUGCAUGGGAUUGGAAACACCUUCCAGGGAGCAGCCAACUGCAUCAUGUUCGUGCUGUGCACAAAGCCGGUGCGGUCGCGACUGCUCAACACCGUCUGCUGCUGCAGCUGCGCAGAAAACAGCAGCACGGACAUGUCCGUCCAAGAGCCUCCCAGCGAAGACGCUCCUGUCCGGCACGAGAACACGGUCCCACGCCGGUGGGGCGAGGACUGCUGACCCAAACCUUCACGACUGGACCACUAUGCUGGAACUACAGGUGCCCUUAGCUAUGAACUAGCAGCGGCGGGGAGUCCGUCCAGUGCCUUUUUAUUCCGGAAAGUGCCUUCAAGGACAAGGCGACAUGGCUCAGGCAGUAAGAGCAGUCGUCUGCCAGUCGGAGGGUUGCCGGUUCGAUUCCCUGCCCUGGCUGUGUCCAAGUGUCCCUGAGCAAGACACUUAACCCCCAUUUGCUCCUGACGAGCUGGUCGGUGCCUUGCAUGGCAGCCAAUCGCCAUUGGUGUGUGAGUGUGUGUAUCAAUGGGUGAAUGAGAACCAUCAAUUGUACAGCGCUUUGGAUAAAGGCGCUAUAUAAAUGCCAACCAUUUACCAUUUACAAAGGACUAACUGAAACACGCACAGCAGCCGGUCUGGCCACACUAAUGCAACCCGUGAUUCAGAUGUACAUAUAGGGGCUGUUUACAGGGUUUUCUUUCCUUAAUUGUCCUUAAUAUGCAUGUACAGUAAUUUCCUCUCUCUGGUUUCAUCUCAGGAUGAGUAAUGUUAUGUCAAUCAUGCCGUUGUUUGAGUCAUCCAAAUCAACACCAGUUUGGGCGGUGUACUGUCUGUGAAUGCGUAUCACUUUUGGCUGCAGAUUUCCAGGUAACUGAAGAGAAGUUGCCAAGGCUGUAAUGAUCAGUCUUGGCAACUUAGUUAUCUUUGACCAUCUGUCUAUAAUGCAUACAAUAUGGGUCUGCAAGGAAAAUCAUGGGAAGGGUAUGCUGCAAUUCACACUUUAUACUGGUGUAUAGUACUAACCUCUGCAUUGUCACAAUGGUAACAAUAGUAAGACAAUCUUGGUGUCCCACAAUUGUAGCAAUUGUAGUGCCUUAGCAUUAUUGCAUCAAUGAAUUCAAAUGUUUUUAUAUCUGAUCUCUGUCUUUGUGAUGAGUGAAUAUGAGAUGACCUUCAGGGAGAAAAUGGUCAAUAUUCCUUGAAUAUGAAUACUCUCACACUUUGCGAUUAUGUUUUAUAUCUGUAGAUAAUGUUUGUUUUGUAAAAUGGUUUUUUUUGGUACUAUUUUAUAUGUAUGGAUUUAUUAUACUUGCUGUGAAUGUAAAAAAUAGCCAAAUGUUUGUACUUUUGAGGCCUUUGAAAGCAGUAUGUUUAUUAUUUAGUUCAAUUUGGUUUCAUUUUAAUCCUGUAUGCUGCCUUUUGUAAAAAAAGUCCUCAAUAUGGAAUGGGUGCAUUCCGACUGUCUCAAUUUAUGAAUUAUGGAUUAGAUUCAAAGAUAAAAAUCGGUAAAAGUUCAGAUUUGAAGCCAAAGAGGAUAUAAAGUAUGGCAUAAAGGAAAAGGGUUUUUACACAGCCUCGUGACUGUGGGGUGAAAAGUGUACUGUACUGUAAAUGAUUCAUGUUUACCUGGUAUUUUUAUGAGGGUUGUGUAUUUUCACUUAUUCAUUUGCGUAGCAUAAAUUCCAUUUUGUGGCAUAAAGGUGACUAAAAUACUGAAUCGCAAA